AUGCAGUUGGGUGCGCAGGUUCUAAGGCGGGUGUUUCGGCAUCAUUACCUUGUCGAGGCGCUGGCGGCAGAGAAGGGAGCGCGUCAUGAGCGUCACCGUUUCUGGAUGAUGGAGAGGAAUCUCUGUUGUAUUGCGAGCUGCCUGUCUGCGCGAGAGACUCUUGACGAUGGCAAGCGCUUCUACAAAGUUUCGUCUUGUUACGUCCAUGCUCUUAGAGAAGUGACCAGUGGUGUCCGGAUUUGUGGUCGACAAAUAGCCAAUUGGGAUUCAAGUACCAGAAAAGCUGAACAAGGCAAAAGGACACAAAGAAAGAUGUCAGGUGAUCAAAAUUCGGGAAAGUUCACUCGGGAGUUGUUUCGUGGAUGUAAGUUGUUCGGGCGGCGAUCUAUCAAGCAUGGCGCAAAAGAUAGAAGAAGAGAUGCAGGUGGAGGUGUUCUGCUGGGGCUUGCCCGGAGAAUGGUGAACCUAGUGAGGGAAGGAAUGGGCAUGCACGAAGGUAGAAGGACUAUUGAGCUUGUCCAAGACGACCGUGGUUCUCGUUACAACAGGUGCAUUUCCUUGGAUCAACGAAACUGGCCAGCGGCAGAAACCAUCGCCAAAGAAGAAGCACUUGUAUCAUCCCCGGAGCUCAGCAAGCCUUAUCUUGGACCGUUGGGCAAUUCAGCGAUGCAGGCAUGCAGAAGGGCCUUUGCGCUUCAGCACUCGCGAAAUAUUGCCGCAUUGGCUGCUCAAGGCGAGCGGUCUUGGAAUAUCACAUCUAAGGCUUUCAAUCACCUCUCGCCUUCUGCGACACCUGUACAUCAGCAUUCUUCGAUGAAAGCAUGCGCUCCUUACAGAAACAUCCGCAGUUCCGUUCCUUCUCUCGGCGUCAUGGACAACAUGCGCUCGGCAUACGAUAAGGCUCUCCAAGGAUCAGAGUCAAAGCGUGAAUCGAAAGUAUUCGAAGCGCAGAUGAAAUUGCUCACCGCAGACAAGCGCAUAGAUGCCAAUUCAUUCCUUGACUUGGUUCAGGAGAUGAAGAUGGCCAGCGGGCUCGGCGGUGUAAAAGAGCAUUUGCCAUGGGUGCGAAACAACCCGGCCACGGGGGAGUUUAAAAAGCAAGAAGAAAUGCUGCGCGCAUUCACCCCGGCGGAGAGGGCAAAUGUCUUCGGUAUCGGUAUAAGUGGGUUGAAGCGCGUUGCCAGACAAGCGAACACCGAUUUGCAUCAGGUGGAGGGGCUAGUUGGACAGGUCAAGAGUAUGAUCAGUAUACAGAAGUGGAUGAAGAAGCGGAAGGAUAGUGGGGAAAAGUUGCCGGAGAGCAGUCGCGAAAUGCAAGACAUGUUGCUUAGACCAGGUUCAGGGAUUUCUAGAAAGGCAGGGAAAGGACAGAAACUCAACCCAGGUAUCAAGGGAGGUACGACAUCAAGGCGGAAGAUGUCAAGGACGGCUCAGAACGAGGACUAG